AUAUUACGAAAGCGUUGGCACAUUCAGCCCACGACUUUUCAAAAAAGCCAAAAAAACCACAGGCUAUCAUAGUGUGAGGUUUGAGGUAUAUCUAUUAUGAUAUACACCCUUCAUCUUCUGCUAUAACUAGAGCGCACGACAAGGGCAAAGUAUCUUGCACAAGGCUAUACUGACAAAACGCGCUACGUGUCGCGAAAUUUUUCAAAGACAAGUAGAAAAAGCGAAAAGGCGUUAAUAGUCGCGCGAACCUAAUAUUAGCGCUAAGCGCAGCGUGUGUGGGACGACGGGUAGACCUGCUGAGUGAUCCGCGCGUCUUUAUAAAAGCUCGCCAAAGAGCUGGGCGUCUGCACACUUUCAGUUCUCUCCUCGGUAUCUCACGUUCUUGCUCUCUCCAAACGCACAUCCCAACUCGACACUAUGGCUCUCGAACGUCAAGUCCGCGCUAAGAUCGCAGCGAAACGCGAUCCCCAGCAGGAGAAGGAAGCCCAGGAAUGGAUCGAGGCGAUCAUCGGCAGGAAGUUCAACACUACCUUCGAGGACUACCUGCGCGACGGACAGGUUCUUUGCGAACUGAUCAACAAGAUCCAGCCCGGCUCAGUCACCAAAAUCAACACGUCCGGCGGUGAUUUCAAGAUGAUGGAGAACAUCAACAAGUUCCAAAAAGCCAUCCAGGAAUACGGUGUGCCGGACAUAGACGUCUUCCAAACGGUCGAGCUCUGGGAGAAAAAGGACAUUGGACAGGUCAUCACCACCCUCUUCGCUCUUGGCCGUGAGACGUACAGACACUCGAACUGGCAAGGACCAUACCUGGGACCCAAGCCCGCCGAUGAAUGCAAGCGCGACUUCACCGAAGAACAGCUGAACGCCGGCAAGACUGUGAUCGGCCUCCAGGCUGGAUCCAACAAGGGAGCAACACAGGCGGGCCAGAACAUGGGCGCUUCCCGCAAAAUCCUCCUCGGAAAGUAAAUUUACUUUCCGCCCCUGACCCUAUUCCCCUAAUCCCCCGUCCUUGCAUCCCUAUCUCCCCUCCCCCGCCCCCUAUUUUAUUUAUACUUCUUAAACAUAUGUAUAUAUUAUACAAUGGAAUAUUUAUUUUAUCUUUUAUAAUUGUUGAAUAAUAUACACGAUAUUAUUUACUGUAUA